UUCAGCCACCCCUAAACAAACGCUAGAAUCUUCGAGCGAACCCCAAACACUGUCCAUAUAUAUUGCUCAAUUUUCGCCCAAAUUUUUGUCUACUGCUUUGAUCGUGCGGUCUCGCUCUCCUUCUUUUGGUUAAUCAGAAUCUACUAUAGCCAUGGGGAAGAGUUACCCAGCUGUUAGCGUGGAGUAUCAGAAAGCUAUCGAGAAGUGCAAGAAGAAGCUCAGAGGGCUUAUUCAAGAGAAGCAUUGUGCUCCCAUCAUGCUCCGAUUGGCAUGGCACUCAGCUGGUACCUACGAUGUGAAGACGAAGACAGGAGGACCAUUUGGUACCAUAAGGCACCCAGCAGAGCUCGCGCAUGAGGCUAACAAUGGUCUUGACAUUGCGGUCAGGCUUCUGGAACCGAUCAAGGAGCAGUUUCCAAUAAUAUCCUACGCUGACUUGUAUCAGUUGGCUGGAGUGGUGGCAGUGGAGGUUACUGGAGGACCCGAGAUUCCUUUCCACCCUGGGAGAACGGACAAAACUGAACCCCCUCCAGAAGGUCGCUUACCAAAUGCCACUAAAGGUUCGGAUCAUUUAAGGGAUAUCUUUGGCCACAUGGGUCUGUCUGAUAAAGACAUAGUUGCUUUAUCUGGUGGACACACACUGGGAAGGUGCCACAAAGAACGCUCUGGAUUUGAGGGACCUUGGACACAAAACCCUCUCUUUUUUGACAACUCUUAUUUCAAGGAACUUCUCAGUGGAGAGAGAGAAGGUUUGAUUCAGCUGCCAUCAGACAAGGCCCUUCUAAGUGAUCCAGUCUUCCGUCCUCUUGUUGAAAAAUAUGCUGCCGACGAGGAUGCGUUCUUUGCGGACUAUGCUGAAGCUCACCUGAAGCUAUCCGAACUUGGAUUCGCGGAUGCAGAGUAAGAUCUUACGGGAGACGCUACUGUUCUACUAGUUCUAAUCCAGUCUUGAGCAGUGGGUUUUUCAUGCAUAUAAAAUGGUCUAUCACCUUUAAUUUGUCCAGAUAAUAAUGUACCGCCUUGGGAUAGAACUAUAUGGAUGCAAUUAUCUCAUUGUAAUCAUUGGCGCCUGUUAAGUGAACUGUUUGAUCGUUUGCGCUAGACAUUGUAUCGUGGAAGGGUGCCCAGACUUCAGUUUGAUUUAACGUGAUUGCGAAUAUUACUGGCAUCUGGACACAGAUGGCUUUAUAGAAA